AUGUCAAAACGUCUUAGCUUUUUGCAGGAUCACUGUCUCCUAUUGACCUUGGGGUUAUUUCAUAGAUCUGUAUCCCCGCCGAACGAAUUGUUGUGGACUCGUAACAUCGCCUCUGAAUUAAGCAAGAUUUGCAAUAUCUUGUACGCUAGGAACACAUUUUCGUACCGUGCAAACUCUGUGGCACGACAUCAGCCAACUUUGGAUUUGGUCCUGAGCAGCAGCAAUGUAACUCGACUUGCAAAGAUUAUAUUUAAUUUGCGUGGUAUAAAGCUGAAUGAGAAUGAAAUAGAGACCACGCCAAUACUGAACCCAGUAGAGGAGUCCAUCGACUCAGUUACGGAAUAUCGAGAGCUAGAUUCGGUCUAUGAAUCUUUGAAACAGCAGUGGAAUAUUGCAAGUCACAGAGAAGGCUACGGAAAAAGUGCAUUACAACCUCUAAUCAGCGUAUCGUCGUUGUUUUUUAAUAAAAGACCUGUUGAAGCGGCCUAUUCAGCAACAAAUGAACUGAUACCUUUAAGUCGAUCGCCAGGUUUACAAUCCGAUUGUGUUACGACAAAUCCUCAAACAAGCACGUUCUUCCAAGUUGAUGAAUUUGCUCAAAAUGCUAAGCAGAGUGAAUUUCAUCAUCCCGAACUGCAACAGAUGCAGAAAGGAAGCAAUUUUAUGUUGGAUGAUGCUGCCAGGCAUUUUCAUGAUUAUAUUGGGCAAUGCAAAAAAUUUAAUCAUCACCAAUAUCUGGCAUUAACUCCGAAGCUAUACUACAAUUACGAUUCCUUUCCCGUUGGUCUGAAAAAAUGGCUGCAUGAUAUAGACAGACUUGAUAUGAGUUUUAAAGACAAACGUGCACAAUCAGACAGGUUAGACAUUUUACUGCAUGGAUUCAAAGGUUUUGGGUGA